AUGGCCUCUCCCUCGUCCACAGUCACGGCUCUGUCUGCCCCGGGCAAGGUCCUCCUGACCGGCGGGUACUUGGUGCUUGACCGCAGCUACACGGGCACUGUUUUCGCGCUCGACGCCAGAAUCCAUGUUAUUGUUCAACAGUUGAGACGGCGCGGUCCAUCUGCGGCCUCGGUAAGAGAGCAAGCCGAGGCUGCAAGCGGAAGCGGCGCCGGAGAAGGCACUGUGGCGGGCGAUGAGGAUGAAGAUACGAUCAUCGUUCGCUCGCCGCAGUUCGUGGAUGCGGUGUGGGAAUACAGCAUACGCGGAUGUGAGAAUGGUGGAGGUGUCCAAGUGAAUCAGAAGAACGACGGACCACACAAUCCAUUCGUCGAGACCUCUUUGAACUACGCCUUGACGUACAUCAGCUAUGUCGCUGACUCGAAGGACUUUGGUUCCUUGUCGAUUACGAUCCUCGCGGACAACGAUUACUACUCCGAGACGGCCGUCUCGAAAGCUUCGUGGAUGCAGUCGACAAGCCGGUUUGUGAACUUUGGCGUUCCCCUCCAGCAGGCGCACAAAACGGGACUGGGCUCGUCAGCAGCUCUAGUGACUGCUCUGAUCUCUGCGCUGGUUAUUCACCGGACCAUGCAGCCCGAAGACCUCGGCCCGGGGCGGGACAAGCUCCACAAUCUAGCGCAGGCAGCCCACUGCGCGGCACAGGGCAAAGUCGGCUCCGGCUUCGAUGUCGCCGCGGCCAUCUACGGAUCGUGUCUGUACCGACGCUUCUCACCCUCGAUCCUCGAAUCAAUGGGCGACGUCGGCUCCCCCGGUUUCGAGGAGCGGCUGUUCGCCAUCGUGGAAGAUGCCGAUCCGAAGCAUCCCUGGGACACGGAAUGCCUGGACUUCGGCAUGAAGCUGCCACGGGGGAUGCAGAUGGUGUUGUGCGACGUGGAAUGCGGCUCGCAGACCCCGUCGAUGGUCAAGAAGGUGCUGGAGUGGCGGAAGCAGAACCCCAAAGAGGCCGACAUGCUCUGGACCGCUCUGCAAGCGAACAACGAGCGCCUGCGUCUCGAACUCCGCCGCCUGGCGCAGAGCCCCGACGAGCACGAGCUGGCCGACUUCGACGACGUCCGCACCUACAUCCAGCGCUCACGCAACCACAUCCGCUCCAUGACCGGCAAGUCUGACGUGCCCAUCGAACCGCGCGUGCAGACAGAGCUGCUUGACGCUCUGUCCGAGAUCGACGGUGUCAUUGGCGGCGUGGUUCCGGGCGCAGGCGGCUACGACGCCAUCGCGCUCCUGAUCCAGGAUAAUCCCGAGGUGAUCGUCCGGAUGGAGGCGCUCUUCGAGACGUGGCAGAGCAAGGUGGAGGAUGACUUCGGUGGUAAGAUUGGCCAAGUGCGCCUUCUUGGUGUCCGCCAUGGGUCUGAGGGGGUGAGGAAUGAGGUCCUCGAUCAGUAUGUCGGAUGGCUGUGA